AUGACAUUGACCGAUGAUGAUGGAGCCGCCGAAUUCAAGUUGAUUGCGGCGGGGUUGGUGGCGAAGCAGGCCCUGAGUUACGUACAUGUGGCUUGUGUGGUUCUUUGGCUGACAGAUUACCUGGAUCUCCUCCACCUCGAGAUCCAGUACAUAUGGUUUCGCAAAACCACCCUCGUCAAACUGCUUUAUAUAUUCAUGAGAUACCUGCCAUUUGUGAUCUUGCCGUUGUUCGUCGUGCAUUCUACAUUACUCGAUAUUCCGGUCGAGUUCUGCAAACCGUUCUUCACCGUCCUUGCCUGUUGCGUCCCUGCCUGCUACUACGCUGCUCAAGGCUUCCUCUUCCUCCGAGUUCACGCCCUCGGAUAUUCUAGAAUUCUAACCAAAUACCUCGUCGCGCAUUAUGUGUCUUCGAGUCUGAUUAUGGGAGGGAUUUUUGUCAAGUUCCUAACCACUUUGCAUACCGUGGAGAGCUCCCCAUUCGAUUUGUUUGGGUGCACGUCGAUUGUAGGAGACGGACGGUGGAUGUCAAUUAAUUAUGCGAUUAUUCUGUUUAACGAAGUCGUGAUGAUGGUCCUCACUAUAUGCAUUGCCUACCGCAAAUACAUUCUGUUGAAGACAAGACCUCUUGUGAGGAUUUUCUACCGGGAUGGGACUUUCUAUUUUGUAAUUUUAGCUGCAAUUUCUACGGGGAACAUACUAGCCAAUUGGCUUCCUCCGGAUGCAAACUACGCGUAUCUACUGACAAUAAUUCAAUUUACACUACACAAUGCCCUCACUACACGGAUGAUGCUACACGUUCGACAAGUUGCUGCUGAAGAUUCGGAUUGGGGACCGGAAGGAGUUGGGCAUGGAGGAGGGGGGUAUACGGAAGAGAUGUCGGCUGCUCGGUUUCCUAUACAAUUUAGAGGCCGAGGGGUGGACACGUAUCUUAGUGCGACGUCUUGA